GGUCAAGACAGCUCGUGCGCUUCGCACAAUUUUAAAGACAAAAUAAUGCCAACACCAGCUCGCGCCGAUGUCUCCAAAGUCGCGAAAAAACCUCAGAUCGAAGCGUCUCCUCUAUGGUAUCAAAAUGUACCCAAGCUAUCUGGGUCACCUACCGCUCUCCCACCUGUCACGUCUGCCAAAUUGUCCUCCCUGAUGGAGCGCGGCGCAUCUCUUCAUGCGAAGACGGUAGAGACAUACCAGUCUGGGACAUCCUCAACAGCCACAUCAUCCAGCUCAGAUUAUGCAUUUUUGCAGAAAAUUUUGCACUCAGGCACGCUGUCAGACAGACUCAGUGCUCUUACACUCCUCGUGCAAAGUAGCCCAUUACACAACACGAAAGCAUUGGAAACUCUGAAGGGGAUGGCUGAGCGAGGAAAGGGAAAAGGAGGUCGAGAAGAAAGUCUUAAGGCUUUGCGAUGUAUACUUGAUUGGUGGGUUGGAGGCGGCGCGCCGAACAGGAAGUUAAAGUAUUUCCGUGAUCAGCCUCUAUCACACCAGAGCGUCAAGGAUGAUCAUGUUCUCAUUUGGUACUUCGAGGAUUGGCUGAAGAAGUAUUUUUUCUCCAUCCUCCAAAUCCUAGAGGUCCUUUCAAUGGACCCCUUGGUGUAUGUGCGCACCCAAGCACUCUCCUUAACUUACACGCUCCUUCGCGACAAACCUGAGCAGGAGCAUAACCUACUUAGGCUAUUGGUAAACAAACUGGGCGAUUCUGAAAAAUCCAUAUGUUCUCGCGCUUCCUACCACCUCCUUCAACUCCUACAAGCUCAUCCAUCUAUGAAAGGUGUCGUCGUACGCGAGAUGACGUCCCUCAUCCUUCGACCAAGCAUCGCGACACCCGCCACUGCGCCAACUACCAAUACGCAUAUCCGCUUCACCGACGAGACGACCACCUCAACUUCCAAACCAAAACCGAAACCGAAGCCAAAACCGAAGCUUGACGGAGCUACAAAGAGAACGAGCAACGACCAUGCGCGCUAUUAUGCAACGAUAACGCUUAACCAGAUUGUGUUUGCUCUGGGGGACAAAGAUGUUGCUGUACAGGUCAUCGAUGUGUAUUUCCAGAUGUUCAAGGAUUUAUUGGGGGAGAGAAACGCCAAAGAACAAGACGGAGAAGUUGUGGGGAAGAAAAAAAAGCGGAAGACAACGAAAGAGGUUGUUGGUGACGGUGGUGUGAAUCGCGCGUUGCCCUAUGCAAAGUUGGGACCAUCGGAUGUCAACUUGAACAAACAUAUAGACACCCUAUUCCUCAUCACACAUACCUCAACAUUCAACACCUCUUUGCAAGCCCUACUCCUUAUUCAGCAGAUAUCAUCCUCGCUCUCCCACUUACCCGAGUCUUCAUCUUCUGCACUCUCGAAGAGCAUCGUGGAUCGAUAUUAUCGAACAUUGUACCAGUCUUUACACGAUGGUCGUCUCGCCUCAUCCUCAAAACAGACAAUGUACUUGAACCUACUCUUUAAGUCUCUCAAGGCCGACGACAACUCCGAACGCGUGAAGAGCUUUGUCCGCCGGUUCGUACAAGUUCUUGCCAGUGGCAGUGCGGGCGGGACCGAGUUCAUCGUAGGAGGAUUAUACCUCCUAGGAGAAUUGUUCAGUACAGUUCCAGGCUUGCGGGACCUUUCCAGAGGAUCCCGUUCCACUUCUGAAGAACAGUAUGAUCCACGAAAGCGAGACCCGCAGUUUGCGCACCCCUCAGCCUCUCCCUUGUUCGAAUUGAUUCCCCUCAUACACCAUUAUCAUCCGACCGUCUCUUUACACGCACAACAACUCCUCUCCGGCCAACCUAUCACGUCAAGCCCAGAUCUGUCUUUAAAUACCCUCUCUCAUUUCCUCGAUCGUUUCGUCUACAAAAAUCCCAAAAAAAUCAAGACAAAAGGCUCCAGCGCCAUGCAACCUGCAGCUAGCGCGAACGACAGGAUUGGCGUGAAGUUACUGAAAGGCGAAUCGUCCGGCGGUGCUCUACCGAACGAUGAGAAAUUUUUGAACAGGCGAUUGCAGGAUAUUCCUGUUGACGAGGUCUUCUUCCAUAAAUUCUUUCGAGGAAACGUGAAAAAAGACAAAAACAAAACCGCCCAUACCGGCAAAGGGGAUAGUGAUGCAGGGGAAUCGGAUGAUGCUUCUGAUGUAGAUGCUUCAGCGAGCGAGUUGGAGGAAGCGCAGGACAGAGACGUAGAUGAUACUGAACGCGAUAACGACAGUGAAGACGACGAAGACAGUGACGCCGAAGAGGCAGAUAUAUGGAAGGCGAUGCAAGCUAGCAUGCCUCGUAUGACAGGAGAUGAAGACCUCAUGGCGGAUAGCGACAGCGUCGCUUCCGAUCUUGGUGAUUCCGAUGGGGAUGAUGAGGAAGUUGAAGUUGAUGGAGAAGAUGAAGAUGAGGAUGAAGAUGGUGGUUCCGGUGAUGAUUUCUCCAUGGUUGAGGCUUCUGACAAUGAGGAUCUCCUCGGCUUGGAUGAAGUUCCUCAGGGUCUCAUCGAGUACAACGGAAUCGUUGAUGAAAAUGGCGGCGACGGCGAAGAACAAUGGAAUGGCUUCGGUAGUACAAAGAAGCGAAAACAGGAGAACGAGUCCAAACGUGAAAAGCGGAAGAAGCUGAGAAGCUUGCCAACAUUUGCAAGUUACGAAGACUAUGCAAAGAUGAUUGAGGACGGUCCCGAGGACGAUAUAUAACAUUGGUGUGGAUAUGUAUUUUACAUUAUCUAGCAACUUUCUGGACAGAAAUCUGUUGCAGAUUUCCCUGCUCAACAAUUUUUUUCCCUUUUA